CUGAACUGUUGUGAGGGGGACAUCCUGCUCCUGUUGGAUUCAUCAGGAAGUUUGUCAUCCUACGAGGUCUCUCGCGUGCUGCGCUUCCUAUCCGAGCUGCUCCUCCCCUUCUCUCAGGGGCGGGGCCAGGUGAGGGUGGGGCUGCUGCAGGUGGGCACUGAGCCACACCUGGAGUUUGGUCUGGAUGCCCACAGCACCCAAUCUGGCCUGCAGGGGGCACUGCAGAGGACCAGGCAGAUCCAGGGGGACACCAACACAGAGGCUGCCCUCAGACUGGCUCAGGGGCAGCUAGCCAGAGCUGGGGCUGUGGAUGAGUUGCAGCUCCCCAUGGUGCUGGUGUGGCUAACGGAUGGGGUACAGCCGGGCACGGUGGCUGGACCAAUGGCAGAGCUGAGAAGGGCGUGCGUGUCUCUGCUGGCUGUCUCUACGGGACACAGGAACUACCAGGUGCUGCAGAGGGUGGUGACCCCGCCCAUCAAGUCCCACCAGUACUUUGUCGACAUCGAUGACAUCAGCAUCAUCACAGAGGACCUUAGGGAGGCCAUCAUUGGUGUGUGGGGUGGGGAUGAGGGAGGGGGGUAGUGACUCACAAAGAGCCAGGAAAUAGAUUACAAGAUAUGAAAUAUCAUUUUUUGCCCUUCAAACUGCACAGCAUUGUAUAAAACAGUUCAGAGCAUACAGUUUUCACUUCUAACACUACAGCAGAGGUGGGACUGUGCUGCUUGACUAUAAUUGAGUUGCCAGACUCAAGUAUUUAUAGACAGUACCGUGAGUGCAGAUGGCAGCCUCUGUAGUGUACAUGUAAACUCAACACAACCAGAAUAUAUUUUUUCAUUAUUGAACACAUUUUUUGUGCAUAAUAAUAUUCUCUUUUGUGUCACCCCCAUCCUCUCCCUCUCCUAUCCUCCAACCUAGAGGUGUUGAGCCCAGCAGUGGUCACAGUGUCAGACUCAGGUCCUGACAGGGUGUGAGUGAGCUGGGGUCCUUUGCAAACUGAGCGGGUCCAGAGGUACCAGAUAGAGUAUGGAGCUCUACCCAUUGGACAGGUCCACACGGUUAGGCUACAUGGACAUCAGAACUCCACUUUGCUCACUGGUCUAGAGCCAGAGACACAGUACCUAGUUACUGUCAGCGCCCUGUACUCCACAGGCAAAGAG